UAUAAAACCAUUUUCAUCCGCCGAUUAUAUAUUUUCCAAAUAUCAAAAAAAAAAUUUAUUUUAAUUUCUUAAAUCGUAGUGCGUUGCCGAUAAUUUCCGUAGGGCUCAACAUGGACUACUAACGGACUUUGAGAAGGCCGCUAAUUAACCAAGGAACUUUCUGAGGGCUUUAUUUACCAGUACUAAGCUUUUUGCCUUGUGGAAACAUUACGCGUUGUACUUCAAUUCACUUUCUCCCAGAAAAUUGUUUUCAUGCUAAGAAAUCGUUCAUAUUUUCAUCAUUAUUUCAGUUCAACUGCAACACUUCCCAUUUUUUCAGUAUCGCAUUUUUCCCACUCUUUCUUUCAAAAUAAAAAAGUAAUCAAUAAGAAGAACGGUAUAUGAACAACCAAGGCAAGAAUUACUCAAACUAACCAACCAAAAAAAAAAGAAGUAGGUCUUUCAUUUCCUACUCAUCUUCUUUGCCGAUGUGUGCCUUCUUGGGGCGCAUCUUUUUUUCCGUUCAUUCGUUCACACAUAACUCAAUUAUAGUUCAGUGACUUGCCGGGGCAUCACCAUCAUCAUCGCAUCAUCAUCACCAUCGCCAUCAUCAGCAGCGUGGAUGGAGCUCUUUAUACUAGCAUGCAAGAAGGAAGCUGUAACACCUGAUUCUGCCAUAAGAAUGAUGCCUAUCCACUAGGUUAAAAGAAUUCGAAAAAAAAAAAACUUUAAAGCAAAAUUUUUUAAUUCGGAAAUCGUGAUAUACAAAACAACGAGAAAAAAAUACCAAAUCUUUGAACAAAUUCUCAUAUCAAGACAAAAAUUCGAAAAACAAACAAGAGCUUCUUAAAGAAAUGCAUGAAUGAAAUGUACAAAGAGAAGUGUGUGUUUUGCUGGCAUUGUCAUGAAUUAAAUUGAACCAAUUUUCAUUGAACGUGUUGGAAUUCAAAGUGUUUGUAGUGUAUUGGAAUCUUUUUAAAAAGAAUUGAAGUUGUUUUUAACCGAAAUAACAUAUUGUAUAUGGUGUGAAGAGAGCAUCAAAAACUAAAUUAACUCAUCAAUUUUGUGGAUAACGAGGCAAUUUUUGAAUAUUGGAUAUUUUUUUCUUUGGGCAAAGUUAAUUUGGUUUUGUUUCCUGAAGACCUCCAGUUUGAAGACAACAUUUUAGAUGUAAUAACAAGGAGCCGUAGCACAACGACAUCUUGAUCCCCCCACCUAUAUACCACCUGAACUCACUCACCAUGCUGAGACAAAUCCUAUUGAAAAAUCAUCAAGAAUCCUUGACAAUGGCCGAUAGUCGUGAGCGAAUACGGGGGCCAUCACGUGAUGGCCGUGAAUUUUUGACCAGUCCCCGUCAAGUGUUGAGGCGUUUAAUGUUACUCUCCGAGGGUCGGCAGUAUCGAGAGGCAGCAGGUGUAGUGGGACGUUUGGGUCCGUCGGUUUUGAGAUCUGUUAUAGCGGAAUUACCCAUCGAUUUGUUGUUAGAGCAUUUGCCUCAUAGUGCAUAUCUAUUGGAAUCGUUCUUUUCGAGGUUAAUCACCGUCAAUCCCUCACCCAAACCCGAUGUACCCACAGAAGCCGUGCUCUGGCAAUUGAUCAAACUCUUCUCAAAUCCCCAUGAUCCAGGACUGAAACAACGCUGCUCUAAACUUCUGCAAUCUCUGGUGCAAUAUGAACCCAAUCUAAGGCAUACCAUACGUGAGACACGAAAAUCUUUCAAUGAUGCCGUACAAGGCCUGGGGGUGCACGGUCUGACCACAGAUCCUUCCGGCCAAUUGAUAUCCCUACAUAUGGCUUUAAAAACAGAACUACAACGACAUGUGGACACUUACAAAGUAGCCCUACACAAAUUGGAGGAACUAAGUUUGGUCACCAUAAAUCAAGAUCCUGCUCACUCCUCCCAUCAACGCUUAUUGGCCAUAAACUAUGGUGACAUACAACAACGCCUGAUUGACAAUAAAACCAUACUGACAGUUCUGGAUAAACCGGCCCUCAAACAAUUAACUAGUCUCAUAGAAAACCUCUCACAGCGCGUCGAAAAUGAUAAGGAAGUGCUCAAGGCAGUGGGUCAAGUGAAGCGAGUGGAUUUGCAGGCAAAUUUGGAAAAAAGACCGGCGGCGGGACUACUCAUGAAUUUUGCCCGAGGAUGUGAGGUAGUGCUGCAGAUGAUGGGACCCGAAAGUAUCAGUGUGGGUCCCAACAACAAUCCCAGCAUCAUUGGUUCGCCCAAAGGAGGCAGCAAUAGCAGCUGUAGUGAUGGCUAUCAUUCCGAUGAUUCAGCCAAUGAGGAAAUUAGCAGCAUGGUUUCUCAGUAUCGUUUGCUGUAUUUGGAAAAUAGGACAGACACUUUGGAAGCACUGGAUAGUUUGCCGCAACUGAAACACGUUCACAAUUUGAAAGCGAAAAUCUUGUUCUCAAUAAUUGUGCUAUCAUUUCGUCUGUGUCAUGGCAUGCGCGAGCGCAAAGUAAUGGAAGUUCGACGAACCCUAAAUUGUCCUCUGGAUAGUACAAACGAAAUCACUUUGGCCUUGGAUCGUUCCAUAAGGCAACAUUUGCAUGAUACCAUCGAUACAUUUCCUCUGGGCGAAAUCGAAAGAUCUGUCUUCAAUCAAGUCCUUUCCACUUUACAUGAAUACUCCUGUUUGGAAUCUUGUCCUCCCCUGACACAUUAUGUCAGUGCAUGUGUACGCUUAGCCUGGAAGAUGGUGAAUCAAAAAGUGCCCUAUUAUCUGGACAAUGAUUUCAAUUUGGGAUUCUUACGCCUUGAAAAACAUGAUCGCCAUGCCCAAGCAGAUCGUCGCUCCGACCUUAUUAAGGCUUUCCUUUGGCCAGCCUUAAUGCAGAACAACCACUGCAUGUUUAAAGCAAUUGUGGUGACUUAGCCCCUAUUUAAACCAUAAAAGAAAAUAAGUUGCAUUUAUAUAUAAGAAAAAUGGAUUUUGUACAUAAUUUCAAGCAAUAAUAUCUAAUACGAGUAACAUUUAUGUGUAUUUACUAUA